GCUCCUCUGCUCCCGUAGCCCGAGGGACUGAAACUUCCGUGGGCGGCUCCCACCGCGUGGGCGCGCCAGCGACAGAGAGAGGGAGACCGGACGCGGGCAGCAGCAGGAGCCGGAGUGGGCAGCCCCUGGCCCCGCGCCCAGCAGCAGCAGCGCGGCCGCCGCCAGCCGGGCGGGCUCUGGGACUGCAGGGGAGGUGCGGACACUCGCAGCGUCCCGAGCGGUGACCGGAGCCAUGAGGACCGAGCACGGGGUGGCGGAGGCAGAGCGCAGCCGGUCGCUGCUGCACUUGCUGCCGGGAGCACUGCGCGCACUGCCCGCCUCCUUCGCUGCUUCUCGCCCGGGGAGUGAAUAGAGGCAGAAAGCAUCCAGCAGCUCCGGACCCUGAUGCUGAAACGCUCCAGCCGCAGCCUGGCUCCUGGUCGGCAGCGGGGCGUCCCCUCGGGGAUGCACAAGGAAGGGCGGAUUGCAAGCCAGGCUUCCAGGAAUGUUUCUUCUGCUAUGCUCCUGUGAAGGCCGAACCUAGCAGGGACAGGGUCACUCACAAGGAGGGAUGACUUAGACCCUGGCUCUGCAGCUUCGGCUUCGCCUUCUCAGAGGGGGAGUGUUCCUCACGGAAAGCCCCUGGGAUCGCCGAGCCAUAACUUCUCGGGGGAGAUCCGUGUCCUCUAGAGACAUCACCAGUGCCCAGGGCAGUGCCAUGUGGGGCGGACGCUGCUCACCUUCCACCUCUUCCAGGCACCGCGCGUCGCUGCUGCAGCUGCUGCUGGCCGCGCUGCUGGCGGCGGGGGCGCGGGCCAGCGGCGAGUACUGCCACGGCUGGCUGGACGCGCAGGGCGUCUGGCGCAUCGGCUUCCAGUGCCCCGAGCGCUUCGACGGCGGCGACGCCACCAUCUGCUGCGGCAGCUGCGCGCUGCGCUACUGUUGCUCCAGCGCCGAGGCGCGCCUGGACCAGGGCGGCUGUGACAACGACCGCCAGCAGGGCGUAGGGGAGCCUGGCAGGACGGACCGAGAAGGCCCAGACAGCUCCGCAGUCCCCAUCUACGUGCCGUUUCUCAUCGUUGGCUCCGUGUUCGUUGCCUUCAUCAUCCUCGGGUCCCUGGUAGCAGCGUGCUGUUGCCGAUGUCUACGGCCAAAGCAGGAUCCCCAGCAGAGCAGAGCUCCAGGGGGCAACCGCCUGAUGGAGACCAUUCCCAUGAUUCCCAGCGCCAGCACGUCACGGGGCUCAUCUUCUCGCCAGUCCAGCACGGCUGCCAGUUCCAGCUCCAGUGCGAACUCCGGGGCCCGGGCUCCGCCAACGAGGUCGCAGACCAAUUGCUGCUUGCCGGAGGGAACCAUGAACAAUGUGUACGUCAACAUGCCCACAAAUUUCUCUGUACUCAACUGUCAGCAGGCCACCCAGAUCGUACCCCAUCAAGGGCAGUACUUGCACACUCCCUACGUGGGCUAUGCGGUACAACAUGACUCUGUGCCCAUGACGCCGGUGCCUCCGUUCAUGGACGGCCUGCAGCCUGGCUACAGACCAGUGCAGCCCUCCUUUGCUCACACUAACAGUGAGCAGAAGAUGUUCCCUGCAGUGACCGUAUAGCCUGCAGCUCACAGAUUAGACUCCUCUAUGAGACUGAGCAACACAGGGCCUGAUUCUUGCUCCAGAAGUCGGCUCAAGUUCGUGGUAUUCCGGUCGCUGCUUUUCCGGAUGACUUCAUUCACCCCCUCACCUAUAAGGGGACAUCUCCAGAGCAGCGCGUCUGUGCGUGUGUCCAGAUUCAAAGUGGAAAAGCACGGCCCCUGGUUGCCACCUGUGUCCUCAAGCAUAUGACGAAUGCUUGAGCUCCUAAGUGCCCUUGAGGUGUGGCUGCCAGAGUCAGGGCUUCAAUGGUGCUGUUACUCAUUGCUUCAGCGGCACUGGAGAAUGCCUGUUACCUCCCCGCUUACCUGGGCUGUUUUAAAAAUCAGUGUUCAAGGCUGAAAGGAGAUGUAAAUUAUAGAAUUAUUAUGAAAAGAAGCAAGCUUGAACUCCGACCCUAGUCAUCGGCCUCAGCCUCCAGAGGCGUGUCUUAACUUCAUUGUAAAAGAUAUAGUCUGUCUAUUUUUAUGCUUUGGGGGAGGGGAGGCUAUUAUGUGCUUUUUUUUGUUUUGUUUUGUUUUUUUGAUAACCGUGUGUAGAGAUCUUAUUAAGUGAUUUUCUACAUUAAAAAGAUUGGAAGAAAA